AGAAGCCUUUUAAAAAGGUUCAUAUUGAAGUACUGACCAACCUCGUCAACCUGACUUGAAUUUAAAAUUGGCAAAAAAUUCAAAAACAAAAUUAUCAUCUAUUCAAAGUUUUAAAUCAAUUAAAAUAUUUCAUCAAAAUAUUCAACACCUGUCAUCUAGAAAAGAGUCGUUGGAAAUUGUAAUGGAGGAGAUGAAACCAAAGUUUUGACUGAGCAUAAUAUGACUAAAGGCUGAGACAGUUAAAAGAAUUAAAACAGCAGAUUAUAUUGAUUUAAGAAUUAAUAUUAAACAAUAGAAGAAUAAAGAAAUACAAGAGAAAAAGGAAAAUCGCCAAGUGUAUUGAAAAAUACCUAAUAUUAUUCAUAUAAAGAUUUGACUAUGAGAUGAUUAAAUGUUAAAUGAGAGAUGUAUCCUAUCAUGUAUCUGUUGUACAUUUAAUAAGUCCUACAAACUGGUACUAUUCAAAUGCAUACAAUUCCCUAUGGUUUGUUGUGAUUUCCGAUAAGCGACUUCUUAUGUGAUGAAAUUCACAGUGGGAAAAAGUGCUGAAGUAAAAAUGUCAACUCACUCAAAAAACUUUCCUCUCAAAUGUCCAAUAUGUGAGCAAAGUUGUCCAUCUCAAUCUGCAAUGAAGGUCCAUAUAUUAUAUCACACUGGAGAGCGUCCCUUUAAAUGUUUGACAUGUGAGAAAACAUUUUUCCAACUAAACCAAGUAAAGAGUCAUUUGUUGAUACACUUUGGGAAGUCUCCUAUAUGUGGGGAAUCCAUUAAACUCCAAAGCCAUAUGAAGGAGCAUACACAAAUUCAUACAAGACCCUAUAAGUGCACUACAUGUGGAAAAUCCUUUACAACCAUUGGUAGUAUGACAAGACAUACAUUGGUCCAUACAGGUGAGAGACCUUAUAAGUGCACUACAUGUGAAAAAUCAUUUACUUUCAAAAGUGAUCUGAAGAAACACACAUUUGUUCAUACAGGGGAGAGACCUUAUAAGUGCACUACGUGUGGAAAAUCCUUUGCACGAAUAGACAAUAUGAAGACACAUAUAUUUGUCCAUACAGGUGAGAGACCUUAUAAGUGCACUACAUGUGAAAAAUCAUUUACUUUCAAAAGUGAUCUGAAGAAACAUACAUUUGUUCAUACACGAGAGAGACCUUUUAAGUGUGCUACAUGUGGAAAAUCCUUUACAACCAAAGGCAAUAUGAAGACACAUACAUUGGUUCAUACAGGAGAGAGACUUUACAAGUGCACUACAUGUGAAAAAUCAUUUACUUCAAAGAAGUAUCUGAAGUCACAUACAUUUGUUCAUACAGGAGAGAGAUCAUAUAAGUGCUCUACAUGUGGAAAAUCCUUUACUGCCACAAGUGAUCUUAAGAAACAUACAUUUGUUCAUACAGGUGAGAGACCUUAUAAGUGCUCUACAUGUGGAAAAUCCUUUGCACGAAUAGACAAUAUGAAGAAACAUUCAUUGGUUCACAGGAGAGAAACCUCAAGAGUGUACCACAAUAUGUAAAAAGUUGUUUGCAUUCAUAAGCUGCAUGAAGAAGCUUUUUAAAAAGGUUCAUAUUGAAGUACUGACCCACCUCGUCAACCUGACUUAAAUUUAAAAUUGGAAAAAAAUUCAAAAACAAAAUUAUCAUCUAUUCAAAGUUUUAAAUCAAUAAAAAUAUUUCAUCAAAAUAUUCAACACCUGUCAUCUAGAAAAGAGUUGUUGAAAAUUGUAAUGGAAGAGAUGAAACCAAAGUUUUGACUGAGCAUAAUAUGACUAAAGGUUGAGACAGUUAAAAGAAUUAAAACAGCAGAUUAUAUUGAUUUAAGAAUUAAUAUAAAACAAUAGAAGAUUGAAGAAAGACAAGAGAAAUGGGAAAAUCCCCCAAGUGUAUUGAAAAAUACCUAAUAUUAUUCAUAUCAAGAUUUGACUACGAGAUGAUUAAAUGUUAAAUGAGGGAUGUAGCCAGUUAUCAUGUAUCUGUUGUACAUUUAAUAAGUCCUACAAACUGGUACUAU